CGACAGAUUUAUCAAAUUCUUCAGCAACCCCAUUACUCGAAUUAGCACAACUAUUCGAUACAGCAGCUGAUGCCGAAUAUUAUGCUAUAAAAGCUAAUCAAAAGGAAACUUUAUGCUGGACUAAUUAUGGGAAAGAAUUUAUAAUUCAGUAUAAUGAUCUUGUGAAAAAUAGUAAUGGAAGAAUUGGCGAGAAAAAAGCUAAAGGCGUAAUUUAUGAUAAAAUAUUGGAACACCUUAAUAUUAUCCGUGAAAGAAGGUCCAAGGAAAUGGGAUUACAGCUCCCAGAAGUUUCGCGUAAAACCUUAUGCAAAAAGACCCAAAAGGCCGUAAGGACUUAUAAAUUAUUUGAAAAAAUAGGUAUAGAUAAAAUUAAAAAAAAUUUCAGAGGAAGAGACAACUAUGUCCCAUCAAAUCACAUGACUGAAAUUUCGACGGCUUUUCGCCAAAAUCAAGCAACCAAAAUUUUACCUGGAUCUAAGAAAACAUUGCAAGAGGUAAGCUCCUCAACCACUCCCCCUAUUCAAUCAUCUCGUAUCUCUAAUUCGGAAAAUAUAAUAGAUGAGGAUAACAAAUCUUUACCGGAAAUGGUCCCAAAGAAUUCAACUAAAGUGAGUACAUUACCUGAAAAAGAAAUUCUUAUCAGAAAUGAAUCGGAUAUUGAUGCUAUUAUUCUUAUAUUGCAACAAAACUUUGAAAAACUACCCAAAAAAAUAUUGGAUAAAUGGAGAGAAGGUAUCGCCUUCGAAUUCUGUGAUAAUACUAAAUACUGGAAGAAAGAACGAUAA